GAUGACCACUCCCGAGUUAUUCUGUCCUCCAACGCCAACGUCUCCAACUCUGACUACAUCAACGCCAACUUCAUAGUAAGUACUUUUUCGUAGUGUGAGUAUGUACGGUGGCAGUGGUGCCGUGUUCGGUGGCCUGUGUUGUCACCAGUUCUCUACCCCUAUGCGUUUAUUGUAUCGUGUGUGGACACGACGCGAGCUGCGGGGGAAUCAGCGAAAUGUGAACUUUAAUUUUUUUAAAUAUAUAAUUCAUCCAGGCGGUACCCCCUCAUGCCCUCCCCCGACCAAAAUAAUAUUGGGGGAGGGGGUGGAGAGAUUAGUUGGUCAAGUCUAUGGACGGCGCAUUAAAGCUGUGAGCUCUUAAUUUUAAACCAAAAACGUUGCAUGGUUUACUUAACUACCGAUAAAAAUGAAGUAUGGGUCGAAUAAUUUUAAACAACAAACACUAAAAAAGUCGGGGGUUUUUUUGUUUUUUUAUUCCAAUAUAAGAUUUUAGAACAUCCUGCCCUUGUGAAGAGAUGAUUAUUGAAUUUUAAUUCAACAAAGUCUGUCGGCCAUAAAUAAAUGUCGAUUUAAUUUACAUAGUUAUGGUUAGAUGGGGGUGGAAAGGGGGGGGGGGGGGACAACACUAGGGACAUGGGUAGGACCGGAAGUCGAAUGUUAAAUGUGUGGGGAAUGCCAAGUUGAAUAUUCUUUGUAUCGUCAUCACUGGAGUUGAAAUGGAUUGUCGUCAAUCAUUUUAGACGCCAUCAUUAUUGGACCACAAAAAAAAAAAGAUCAAACCAAUAACGCGGGGGAAUGAUGUCAUCAAUGUUUAAACCUCUUUCAAUAGUGAUGUUUUGGUUGGGGGGGGGGGGGUUAAUAAUAAAGCUUUUCUUUUUUAUUUUUUUAAUUUUUUUUUAAAAUUCGACCACUAUCCCUCAUCUCCAUAUAAUAUUGCUUUGCGUGUGUGUGUGCGUGUUUGUGUUUCAUUGUUGCGUUGUCACAAUACUAUCACAAUCUUGUCACAGUGUUGUCACAAUGUUGUCAAGAUCUUGUCACAAUCUUGUCACAUUUUUUUCACAACCUUGUCACAACCUUGUCACAACCUUGUCACAUUGUUGUCACAUCCUUGUCACAAUCUUGUCACAUUGUUGUCACAACCUUGUCACAAUCGUGUCACAGUCUUGUCACAAUGUUGUCACAAUCUUGUCACAAUGUUGUCGCAAUGUUACCUUACCUUCCAUCUUAACCCGAUACCCACGGUCUGCCGGCGGAUUGACUCCAAAUGAAAACCAAAAAAAUAAAAUGUAAAUUAAUCCUCGUGCACGUGGGAGCCUGAAAUCUGAGCCGCGACAAUGAGAUUCUCUUUCCGUAAUCAACUUUUAAUAACGCAACGUGAAACCCCUGUUUCGCAGAAUAACAAAUGAUGCGUCUUUUAGUUUAGUUUAGUUUUUCAUGAUUUUUUUUUUUUUUUUUUUUUAAAUUCAUUUUUUUUUAAUGUGUAGAAAUUGGAGAAAUGUAUUUUACUUCUCUUCCCGACCAAAAAUAUAAUCACAGAUUAUUCAAAGAUUCUGAGAUUUCUUCAUAAACGGGUGCUUUUUUUUUUUCAAGUCAAUCAACCCAACCCCCUACAAUGUUAGAACUAAAUAUUCAGCUAAGUCUUUUUUUUAUUUUCUUUUAAACGGUUCCAUUGAAAUCGUCAUCAAUUUAGCUUCCCGGCAACAAAAAUUCUCCCUAAGUCCUGAGAAUUAUUUAGCAAAUCAAUUAUCAUUUCGUUCAACUUACCCUACUUUUUUUUUUUUUUAGUGGUUAAAAAUCGAUACCGGACCCUUUUGGAAUCGAUACUUUAAGCACCAUUAUAUGGGAUUUCAUCACGAAAUCGACUCCACGUAGUCCUGAGAAUUAUUUAGCAAAUCAAUUAUCAUUUCGUUCAACUUACCCUACUUUUUUUUUUUUUUUAGUGGUUAAAAAUCGAUACCGGACACUUUUGGAAUCGAUACUUUAAGCACCAUUAUAUGGGAUCUCAUCACGAAAUCGACUCCACGGACGGAACGGACAAUGACUGUUGCUAUCGAUUUUGUUCGCUUGUUCCCGUUGUGUGUGUGACGGAAGCGACGACUGGCGGGCUCGAUGCAAUCAGAAUUCUUAUCCUUCUCCUGCAUCUUUUCCUGAUCGUUUUAAAGUUUCUCAUGGGACUGUCAGCCCCCAAUCCUUGUAACGCCGCGCCCCCACGAACGGCUACAGUUUGAACAUAUUUAAUGGAGGACAUUAUUAGUUAAACCAGGGUGAUCGUCCCUGUCACUUUAUUUUAUGUUUUAUUUUUUUUUUAAAUGGUUUUUACGAAACUUAUAGGACGAAGCAACCACCCACCCAAUAAAAGGUUUGUUGGUGCGUGUGCAAAAUCAAACAGUUGUGUGCAAAGUUUUACACACACUUCCAUGGAAAUUUGCUGCGGGGUACUCAAAACUGCCGCGCGGCGUGUGUGAGAUAGCUGCGCGGCCGCGCGGCCGCGCAGCUUAAAGGGAACAUUGCUCACUCACCCCGGAAGUAUUAUAAUGGAAACAUAUUCUGGUAAUCUUGAAAAACUGGAAGAUUAUACCGCAAUCAGACUAAUGGGUAUUUUCUUUCUAGAUACGCCCGCUGAGCUAUAUAUAUAUUUCUUUUUGCCAACUAUUGCAUUGUCAUUUUAAUGGGGUUCAUGAACGCAUGACAAAAGGAAUGCCGUUUGGACUUUAUCCCACACGACAUAUGAACUUUUAAAAAAUGUAACCACUCAAUUUCAUCCGACAAUUCUUCAAAGAAUGCUCAGCACAGAAGCAAGUAUUGAAAUAAAUUAUAGAAGAAAAAAAUAAGAUACCAUUUUAAAACGACAUCCUAAACUCUGUAUUAUCCUUACAACAUCUAGUUGUUUCAAUGCGCAUGUAUAUAUAUAUAUGGUUGUCUGUAAUUUUGUCAGCUGAGGAUCUUCCUUUCAUCCAGUAUGUGUUUCUAUUGGUGCGCCUACAAUGCACAAAUUGUGCUGUGCGUCAACUGGAAAUAAAGGCUUUUAAACGUAAUGAAUAGAUUACAUCGAUUCAGAUAGCUGCCGUCGGUACAAUGUGGACUUCUGUUACCGGCAAGGCAAAGCUUUACCAACGGAGAGAUAUUUUUUUAAUACAUUGUUGAACGGCAGUUUUCAUUUAACUAAUGGCUUUAGCGUGGCUCUCGGCAUCUCGGAAAACCGCUUUUCGUGAAUUUAAUUCUUAUAUGUUUAGACUAUACAUGUAUAUAAAUACAUGUAUACACGACUUUGAUUGGAAAAGGUGGGGGUUUUUUUUUUUUUUUUUUUUUUUUUUUACAUUACGUAAUAUCUGAUUUGUCAUAGUUGCCCUGAGUACCCGAACGCCAAUGCCACUCAUCAAAUUUAAGAGAAAAUUUAAGAUAAAGAAAGAAAAAUAAAUGUGUGCAAGGUCCUCAACUUUGAUGAUAGAGAUACUUUUUAAAAAACAAACAAAACAAAAAACAAUUUUGCAAUUUCGAUUGUAUUUUCUGUACUUUAAAAUCCCUUUCAAAACACCAAUUUACUAGAACAGUUAGGUUGGCAUUCACGUGUGCAUUUAAAAAUGACCCUUCAAGUUUUGUUGGUGCUACUUUAGACGCUAAGGAACACGCUUUAUCUGAAUGUGAAAAAAAAAUGAAUCUAAGUUACAGCCCCCCCCCUCCUUUUUUUUUUCUUUUUAAAUGUGACUGAAGCCUUUAAAACUUGGACAUUACACUACCAAGGGAAUCCUACCAUUCUCAGGUACCUGUACGUCCUUCACUACCUAUGGAAUCCUACCAUUCUCAGGUACCUGUACUUCCUUCACUACCUAUGGAAUCCUACCAUUCUCAGGUACCUGUGCUUCCUUCACUACCUAUGGAAUGCUAUCAUUCUCAGGUACCUGUGCUUCCUUCACUACCUAUGGAAUCCUACCAUUCUCAGGUACCUGUACUCCCUUCACUACCUAUGGAAUCCUACCAUUCUCAGGUACCUGUACUUCCUUCACUACCUAUGAAAUCCUACCACUCUCAGGUACCUGUACUCCCUUCACUACCUAUGAAAUCCUAUCAUUCUCAGGUACCUGUACUUCCUUCACUACCUAUGAAAUCCUACCAUUCUCAGGUACCUGUACUUCCUUCACUACCUAUGAAAUCCUAUCAUUCUCAGGUACCUGUACUCCCUUCACUACCUAUGGAAUCCUACCAUUCUCAGGUACCUGUACUUCCUUCACUACCUAUGGAAUGCUAUCAUUCUCAGGUACCUGUACUUCCUUCACUACCUAUGGAAUGCUAUCAUUCUCAGGUACCUGUACUUCCUUCACUACCUAUGGAAUCCUACCAUUCUCAGGUACCUGUGCUUCCUUCACUACCUAUGGAAUCCUACCAUUCUCAGGUACCUGUACUUCCUUCACUACCUAUGGAAUCCUACCAUUCUCAGGUACCUGUGCUUCCUUCACUACCUAUGGAAUCCUACCAUUCUCAGGUACCUGUACUUCCUUCACUACCUAUGGAAUCCUACCAUUCUCAGGUACCUGUACUUCCUUCAUUACCUAUGGAAUCCUACCAUUCUCAGGUACCUGUGCUUCCUUCACUACCUAUGGCAUGCUGUCAUUCUCAGGUACCUGUACUUCCUUCACUACCUAAGGAAUCCUAUCAUUCUCAGGUACCUGUACUUCCUUCAUUACCUAUGGAAUCCUACCAUUCUCAGGUACCUGUGCUUCCUUCACUACCUAUGGAAUGCUAUCAUUCUCAGGUACCUGUACUUCCUUCACUACCUAAGGAAUCCUAUCAUUCUCAGGUACCUGUACUUCCUUCACUACCUAUGGAAUCCUACCAUUCUCAGGUACCUGUACUUCCUUCACUACCUAUGGAAUCCUACCAUUCUCAGGUACCUGUACUUCCUUCACUACCUAUGGAAUCCUAUCAUUCUCAGGUACCUGUACUUCCUUCACUACCUAUGGAAUCCUACCAUUCUCAGGUACCUGUACUUCCUUCACUACCUAUGGAAUCCUACCAUUCUCAGGUACCUGUACUUCCUUCACUACCUAUGGAAUGCUAUCAUUCUCAGGUACCUGUACUUCCUUCACUACCUAAGGAAUCCUAUCAUUCUCAGGUACCUUUACUUCAUUCACUACCUAUGGAAUCUUACCAUUCUCAGGUACUCCUUCACUACCUAUGGAAUGCUAUCAUUCUCAGGUACCUGUACUUCCUUCACUACCUAAGGAAUCCUAUCAUUCUCAGGUACCUUUACUUCAUUCACUACCUAUGGAAUCUUACCAUUCUCAGGUACCUUUACUUCCUUCACUACCUAUGGAAUCUUACCAUUCUCAGGUACCUGUACUUCCUUCACUACCUAUGGAAUCUUACCAUUCUCAGGUACCUGUACUUCCUUCACUACCUAUGGAAUCUUACCAUUCUCAGGUACCUGUACUUCCUUCACUACCUAUGGAAUCUUACCAUUCUCAGGUACCUGUACUUCCUUCACUACCUAUGGAAUCCUACCAUUCUCAGGUACCUGUACUUCCUUCACUACCUAUGGAAUCUUACCAUUCUCAGGUACCUGUACUUCCUUCACUACCUAUGGAAUCCUACGAUUCUCAGGUACCUGUACUUCCUUCACUACCUAAGGAAUCCUAUCAUUCUCAGGUACCUUUACUUCAUUCACUACCUAUGGAAUCUUACCAUUCUCAGGUACCUGUACUUCCUUCACUACCUAUGGAAUCCUACCAUUCUCAGGUACCUUUACUCCCUUCACUACCUAUGGAAUGCUAUCAUUCUCAGGUACCUGUACUUCCUUCACUACCUAAGGAAUCCUAUCAUUCUCAGGUACCUUUACUUCAUUCACUACCUAUGGAAUCUUACCAUUCUCAGGUACCUGUACUUCCUUCACUACCUAAGGAAUCCUACCAUUCUCAGGUACCUGUACUUCCUUCACUACAUAUGGAAUCCUACCAUUCUCAGGUACCUGUACUUCCUUCACUACCUAUGGAAUGCUAUCAUUCUCAGGUACCUGUACUUCCUUCACUACCUAUGGAAUGCUAUCAUUCUCAGGUACCUGUACUUCCUUCACUACCUAAGGAAUCCUAUCAUUCUCAGGUACCUGUACUUCCUUCACUACCUAUGGAAUCCUACCAUUCUCAGGUACCUGUACUUCCUUCAUUACCUAUGGAAUCCUACCAUUCUCAGGUACCUGUGCUUCCUUCACUACCUAUGGCAUGCUGUCAUUCUCAGGGACCUUUUCUUCCUUCCCCCAAAAGCGUCCCCCCCCCCCCCCCCGACUCUCCGCCGCCCCCCCUAACCCAUCACAAUAAUAUUACACAGCGUUCCUAGAAACAUGUGCCUCUUCCUUCUUUUACAAAAUUCAAUUCUUUCUCCUCCCCUCACCCCCCAAACCUGACUCCCCCCUCCCCCGGGCUUUGCUCCCUAUCUCAUGAAUCUAUCAGAAGAGUAAUCUUUGUCCAUUAGCUUUUAGCGUCCAGGCAAUCACGGCAUAGUUUACUACAUUAACUUGUCAACAGCUCGUCCUUUCUCGUGGCCUCUCGCUCGUCCUCUCACUCCACACUGUCCUUCUCUGGGACAGUUAUGUUAUUUAUUUCAAUGCGUGUUCUUCUUACUUCCCAGGGCCAGGGUUCGUGCUUUCAUUCUAUUCUGUCUCUUUUUGUUUCAAGAUUAACCUCCACACCCAAAGAUCCUAACUUUUUUUUUUUAAUGUCCCUUUUCUUUAAAUAAAUUUAGAGUAUUCAUGCAACGGUAAGACAUUCCGCGGUAAGACAUUCAGCGGUAAGACAUUCAACGGUAAGACAUUCAGCGGUAAGACAUUCCGCCGUAAGACAUUCAGCGGUAAGACAUUCAACGGUAAGACAUUCAGCGGUAAGACAUUCAACGGUAAGACAUUCAGCGGUAAGACAUUCCGCCUACAGUUAGUUUUAAUAAACUCGCCAUUUAAACUCUCGGGAACACAUUUUGAGAUGCAGUGGGAAUUGGGUCAGUGGGACGAUUGGGUUCCAUCCUUUCCCGUUUUGUUCUAAGAUUUUUUUUUAUUUUUUUUUAAAAUUAAAACUUGAAAUUUAUACACAAUUAAAGUAAAUUCACGAUAAAACUGAAUUAUAAAGGUAUCUUAUGUAUGAUGUUUUGUGUUUAUAAAAAUUAAAUUUAAAUCACAUCUUGAACGAAGUUUGUUUGUUUGUUUUUUUUUUCGUUUAUGAAUUGCUACGAUGCAACCUUAAUACAAAUUUAGCAGUGAGAUCUUGCGACAUUAUAAAUACAACUCUAUACAACUUUAGCAGUGAGAUCUUGCGACCUUAUUAAUACAACUUUAGCAGUGAGAUCUUGCGACCUUAUUAAUACAACUCUAUACAACUUUAGCAGUGAGAUCUUGCGACCUUAUAAAUACAACUCUAUACAACUUUAGCAGUGAGAUCUUGCGACCUUAUUAAUACAACUUUAACAGUGAGAUCUUGCGACACCGCUGACGUGUGAGGCACAUUCGUUAAUUUUAUGUCUUGUCUGCAAUCACUCCUCGGCAACCAAUCCUGGGGUUCCCUGCCCCUUCUGACCAUACGACACACAUGGGUUUGGGGGGGGGGGGGGGGAAUCAAGAAUGCCGCAACUGAGCAAGCGUACAAAAUGGUCCAGCCAUUGGCCAAUGGCCUAAGUUGGCCAAUGGCCUAAGUUGGCCAAUGGCCUAAGUUAUGUUCAAGUUAUUCGCAACAUUAUGGUUGUUUUUUUUUUCAAAAUCCAUAUGCCGAUUUAUUCCGGCUUACAUUCGCCGGGACCAAUCAAUGUCCCGACUCCGGUACUAGGCAAAAUACAUUUUUAAGCGCUCCGCCUCGCACGACAGGUAAGAACCGGUUAGAAAUUUGCAUCCUGGGUGUCAGCCGUUAUUGCCCCUGCCAGCGUCCGCUGUUCCCCGAGAACGACAUGACACAGAGUAGUUCUGGGAAAUGCCCCGAGUCUCGGCUGGCAAGCGAAGACAAUGAGUGAAAAGUAAACGAUUCGGUAAUUAAAAUCAUUUUAACAGAUCGGGAAUGUUAUUAUCUUUUGUCCGGCGUGGCUGUGCUGGCGAGAAGAGAGUAGUUUGAAAGCAUUUGUGAAUAGCUACAUUCCGAGCUUUAGAGAGUAGUCCCGGCUAUCGUGUAUUGAGUCAUGAGGAAUAGUUCACGAAGAAGUGAUACUGCAAAGUAUAAAAUUGAAUGUAAUGCAACACUUUUCAGUCUGAAUUUUUUUUUUAAAUUAUAAUAGGUGAAAAUGAAUGUAAUGUAACAAUUUUCAUUCUGAAUUUAUUGUUUAUUUUUAUUAUUAUUUUUUUUUAUGGGGGGGGGGGGGGGGGGGGGGUGAAACUAAUGUAAUACUUUACAGUCUGAAUUUAUUUUUCGAUUCGAUGAAAAUGAAUGUGUUCCGAUGGUGUCUUUUACGGGUGUCUGAAUGAUGAUGGUGAAUGAUGAUGGUGGAUGAUGUAACAGACCACUGUGUCUAAGCCCUUUGAUUCGUGGAUAGUCCUCUCAGUAGGUAGUCUUUUGAGUAGAAGUCUUCUGAGUGGGUAGUCUUCUGUGUCGAUAGUGCUCACAGUGGAUAGUCUUCUCAGUGGAUAGUCUUCUCAGUGGAUAGUCUUCUCAAGUCUCGUGAAUUACAAAAAUAUCAUCAAGAUAAAAAAAACCAUUAAGUCGUAUAUCUUGAGGAGUUUCAUUUCCGUCUGAGGGCAGAGUUUAUUCGUGGGGCGUCAAAAUCUUGACUCGCCCAGGGUGCGCUAACCCGAGCUAUGCCACUGAUUUUGUGAAAAGUUUCUUCCCCGCUCCCCCCAAAAAAACAACAACAAAAAACACAUCCAAACACGAGACCCACCAUUUUGCAUUGAAAACGCUACACAGGCAGUUUUUUUUUUGUUUUUUUUUUCUAAUUUCAAAUAUCUGGACACACGAGAGACGCGGGUCCAUUUUCUUCUUCAUGCUUUUUUCUCUCCUCCCACUCACCCAACAUUCGCCCUGUCACGCAGCAUUUUGUCUCCUACCGCAAGUAUCCGGCACCAUGGUCUGUCCCCGACGUCAGGCGAACCUGACCUAACGUCGGUUGUCACGCUACAAGUCCAUUAAACACCUCCACCUUUAGUGAUAUGCCUCGGGCACCACCCCCCCCCCAACCACAACUUUCUUAAUUAUUUUAUGUAUUUAUUUAUUUACUUUUACAUUAAAAUGUUCGAUGGCUGAAAUCCACUCUGAUUUCAAGUGACAUCGAUGGUCCCCAGAAAAAAACAUUUCCGUGGUCCCCGCUGCGAUAUGUUACAAUGUCUGCCUUAAACAUUAGUCUUUAUUUUAAAAAAACUUAGCACAGAAAGGAGGGGGAGAGGGAAAAAGGGGGGGGGGGGGCGGAACGCUACAGGUUUGAAAUGAAUGAUCUCCCCUGGUGCAUGAUCUCUCGCUGCUGACAGUCAAUGAUGGCCGACCGACCAAUGAGGAAUAAAUUGAUGGAAUAUUUCCUCUCACAGACUUGUGGGAUUUAACUCGAAUCCAUUCAGUGGGGUUGGUAUCUUGGUCGGUGUCGGUCAAUCAUGGGCGUAGACGUUGGGUGGUAGAAGAGUGUCCUUAUAACAGUUAUUCCGAUUCUCUUAAAUCCCUCCCCACCCCCACCCCACCCCCACACUCCAAACCUAACUCCGAGAAUUAUGUUUUUGAACCCUUAAUACUUCCCGCAUUGUCUCUGAGCUCAUGGCAGGGAUGAGUAGCGGGAUGGUUGGGAUGAGUACUGGUGUGGCAAGGAUGAGUAGUGGGAUGGCAGGGAUAAGUAGCGGGAUGGCAGGAAGGGUUACUGGUAUGGUAAGGAUGAGUAGUGGGAUGGCAGGAAGGGUUAGUGGUAUGGUAGGGAUGAGUAGUGGGAUGGCAGGGAUGAGUACCGGGAUGGCAGUGAUGAGUACUGGUGUGGCAGGGAUGGGUAGUGGGAUGGCCUACUGUGAAAUUCCAACAGAAAGAUUUGCACGAUAGAAAUCACUAGCGCUGAUCCCUCUCAAGCGCUGAUCCCUCUUACUAUGAAGUUACUCUUCACGCUCAAAUAGCUCAUCAUUAUGUAUCCCUAGAUACAUCUUGAAAUCCUUUUACGUCAAUCAGUUGUUGUUUUUUUUAAAUCUUAACCAUAUUAAAUUGCUUGUAACGUUGUAACCAUUGACAUGUUACUCAAGCGACACUUUGAGCACCUAAACACUUUUCUCCUUAAAAAAAAUAUGCAAUCUUCGCCUUUCAUCGCCCGUAUUAGUUUAGAGCCAGCGUCCACUCAGCGCUCUCAUUGUACUCGGACAUGUUGCAGACUUUCAGUUUAAUAUAGUGCAGUCCAUCUCCUGAUCUCCACCACACUCCCCCUCUCUCUCUCUCUCUGUCUCUCUCUCUCUCUCUUUCUCUGUGCCAAUCAAUAGACAAAACGCUCGAUGUGAGAAAAUGGGGCGAUAAAUGAGUGAGAGGGUGGGGGGGGGGGGGGGGGGUUCUCUUCGGGGUCCCAAACGAGUGAAGAAAGGGGGGGGUAUAUAUUUUUUUUUUUUUUUUUUUUUUUUUGUUUUUUUUUUUUUUUUUUUUUUUUUUUUUUUUUUUGUUGCUGUCAUGCAUUCGCAAAUGAGUGAAUAAAAGGGAGCAGAUUUUUCUGAAGAAAAGAUAGAGAAUAGGCUAGAUUCCAUUAGCUGCCUCAAAUGAGUGAAAGCGAUAAACAGAGAAAGAGAGAGUGAGAAAGAGAGAGAGAGAGAGGCGCAAACAGAGAGAGAUAGAGAGAGCCCAAGACAGGGAAAGAGAGACAGAGAGAUCAAGGCAGAGAGAGAUAAAGAAAGCCCAAGACAGGGAAAGAGAGACAGAGAGAUCAAAGCAUAGAGAGAGAGAGACAAAGAGAGAGAGAAGUAAACUAUGAGAGAUGGAGAGAGACCGAGAAGGAGAGACAGACAGAGAGAUCAAUGCAGAGAGAGAGAGAGAAAUGAGAGAGUGGUAGAAGUAGGAGGUUUCACUUCUAUCCCACACAUCUGAGUUACCACACGACACACAAGCUUACCGUGUCCUUGUUCCUCUAUCCCAUACAUCUGAGUUACCACCAAUGUUCCCUCUAAGGUUUGCUGGUUCGUGUGCAAAGUUUGACAGCAUCACUUUUUGUGUGUCCCAAAUUGUACAGCCUACAAACAAAAACACACACUUACAUGGAAAUUUGCUGCGUGGAUACUCAAAACUGCUGCGCGGCGUCUAUGAGUUAGCUGCGCGGCUGCGCAGCUUAAAGGGAACAUUGGUUACCACACGAUACACAAGUUUACGGUGUCCUCGUUCCUUGCUUAAAUUUCAACUGCGACCAAUGUUCCCUUUAAGCUGCGCGGCUGCGCGGCCGCGCAGUAAUCUCGCAGACGCUGCGCAGCAGUUUUGAGUACCGCGCAGCUAAUUUCCUCUUAAGUGUGUGUUUGUGUCUGUAGUCUGUAAAAUUUUGCGCACAAAAAAAAUUGAUGCUAUAAAAAUUUGCACACAACUUUAUGAUUUUGCACACGAACCAACAAACUUUAAAGGGAACAUUGACUGCGACACUGGGAUUUUAAACCAACAUGAUUCUCUGGAUAUUGCUGUCUGUAAUGUUUCGUGUGUGAAAUCACUGCCAUGGGCUCACAUUUCAAACAGGCGGAAACAUUUCCUAAAGCUGACGAGCUGACACACGUUUCCAAAUUAAGUGUCUUGUUAUGUGACAUCUUUUCGCCCCAUAUUUUGUUGGUCACGCUCCCAUUAAAUUUAAAUUCUUCAUUUUGUAGAGGAAAACAAUCGGAAAAUCAAUUAGGAUUGGAAAAGGGGGGGGGGGGGGGGGGGGGGUCUUUUUAGAGUUGAAAAAUUGUUAUUUUUUAACUUGGUUCUAAAAGAGGAGAAAGGGAAAGAAGUAUUUGUAAUUUCUACACAAUUUAAGUUAUCAGUCAAUUGACUCGUAGUCAGCUUUUGUAAUUUUAUUAUUUCUACUUCACCCUAACAACUGCAAAAAUUUGCUGAUUAUAUAAUAUUAGAGAAAAAAAGUUAUAAUUCAAGGGCACGAAAAGGGGUAAAUCUAAAGUAUUUCUCUAACGUAAUAAGUGUCCCUCAAUUAACUUAUUUAGUGACAAAAGUGAUAAUAAUUAGUAAUAAUUUAGACUGUGUAUUUUAAGGUCAUGUUUAGAGGGGGGUGGGGAAAGUAGUUUAGGAGCGUGAAAAGGAGUAUGGUAGUCCUAUAAUAUAGAGCAGAUAAAUUCUUCUGAAAACGUAAUGAUGUCAGAAACGUAAAUAUUAUUACAUUUUUAAACUUAUGAAUUGUGAUGAGUUUUUGCAAUAGAAGUUAGAAACUAUCGCAUAGGAUCUACCAUUAUUACCCGAUAACAUCGGGCCAUUUAUUCUAGUAUAAUAAUACCUGUAUACACCUGAACUGUAAUUAUUUGAUGGCAUAUCUUAAGAUUGAUUGAUUUCUAUAGUUAUUGUCUAAAAUCACUUAGACUUGGAAAGUUUACGUCGCGGAGAGGGUGCUAAUUUUUAACCUUUGUUCGAUAGGCUGCGGAAUUUAGCAUUUAACCUUGCACUACCUCCGUAGGUUAACGCUCCACUCUGGUUUAAUGACGCGGCGCACCUAAAACAGACGCCGCGUCAUGCAUCAUAGACUACCUAAAAGCCUGAUGGGAUUGAAUCAUUACAGCAGCACGCUAGAGAUGGCUCUGCACUUCCCCGAGUACCGACCAGUCUGGCCAUUAUUUCAGCCCUUCCCCCCCCCCCUCCCACCUACCCCACCCCCACACACUCGCAGUGAAUCGGGUACUUCCCGUGCAGGGCGCCGUGCACCGUUAGUCUCAUUUGUUUCCAGUUAUGUAGGAAACUUGGUGCACGAUUAUUGGUGGUUCGUUAGUAAUUCUAUUUAAGACCGGGGGGGGGGGGGGGGGGGGGGGGGCGACGAAUGUGUGUCUCUGACUCUUCCUUAGGAACAGAAGAAAAAAAUUUUUAACAACGAGUUUAUUACGAGCAAGCCUGAUUUGCUGCACUGAAAAAUCUGUUGUUUUGUUGUUUAUUUUACGAUGGUAUCUAACUUAAUAUAGAAUUUUUUUAUAUAUAUUUUUGUGUACAUACUUUUCCAUGAAGCUAUAUGGUAUAAUUAUGCUAAUAACUGGCCAUUUAUAAGACAUGCAUGUUGUUCUGAUUGAGUUCAAAUUAGAAUUAAAUUAAUAAUAAACUAAAUAGAUGAAGAUAAUAAAUUUAACGUGUGUCUUUUCAGUAGGCAUGCUCGCCUGUUUUUUUUUUUUUUUUUUUUUUUUUUUUUUUUUUUUUUUUUUUUUUUUUUUUUUUGGUUUUUUUUGGAUUAUAUUUUAAAAUUCCAGUUUUUUUUUUUUUUUUUUUUUUUUUUUUUUGUUUUUUUUUUAUUUGCUUUAUUCUUGUAGAUCUAUAUCGAAUAAUAUUGAAAACUACAGAUUUUUUUUUUUUUCAAACUUUUAACGACAUCAAAAUAAAAGGUUGUAUUUUAACAAAAAGUAUGAAUAGCGCAAUGAUCUCAAGUAAAUGAAUGCUAUUCUCAAUCCGUGUUGAUAACUUUAGAUCAGCCAACAUUAAACACAUCCGUGGUGAUAACUUUAGAUCAGCCAACAUUAAACAGACCCGUGGUGAUAACUUUAGAUCAGCCAACAUUAAACAGAUCCGUGGUGAUAACUUCAGAUCAGCCAACAUUAAACAGAACCGUGGUGAUAACUUUCGAUCAGCCAACAUUAAACAGACCCGUGGUGAUAACUUUAGAUCAGCCAACAUUAAACAGACCCGUGGUGAUAACUUUAGAUCAGCCAACAUUAAACAGAACCGUUGUGAUAACUUUAGAUCAGCCAACAUUAAACAGAACCGUGGUGAUAACUUCAGAUCAGCCAACAUUAAACAGAACCGUGGUGAUAACUUCAGAUCAGCCAACAUUAAACAGACCCGUGGUGAUAACUUUAGAUCAGCCAACAUUAAACAGACCCGUGGUGAUAACUUUAGAUCAGCCAACAUUAAACAGAACCGUGGUGAUAACUUUAGAUCAGCCACAUUUCAGCAAGGCAAACAUUGCUACGAUUUUUUUCUUAUUAAAUCCCUUUAGCGGCGACCUUUUAUUGAUACCGUUCUCUGUCUUACUGAAACGUCUUGGCCUUUCUCGUCUCAGUUAGGACUUAAGUCAGUGGUCGGCACGGCAAACUCAUUAGUCAGAAGAUCCAAAAAUCAGCAGCAGGACGAUUUUUAAAAAAAUAAAUAAUUGAGAGCCAAAAUUAUUUGUAAGAACCUGUCAAAAACCAUGUUUUUGGGAGUCAACCCCGAUUUGUGGCCGACUGGCCGAGCCGCACUUAGGUCGUUAAGAGCCUGCAUGCGACUCGCGAGGUGCUAUUUUUACGACCAUUGUCUUAGGUUAAGUGGCGUAAGAUUAAAUGUUGUUGGGAUUUUUUUUUCUUAUUUAAAUAUAAAAUGUGUACUAUGAAGAGGAGAAGGUUCCUUUGUUCAAACUUGUCAGGAUUCGGUAAAGAAAAUUUGAACCUGUGUAAGGCCAAAUGGUCUAGCUACACCACCGGUCUAUCAGUGUCACCCUAAUAUCUGUGUCACCCUAAUAUAUGUGUCACCCUAAUAUCCGUGUCACCCUAAUAUCUGUGUCACGCAUGAGAUGCAUGAGUCCCUUACAAGUGAAACUAAAACAUAUUAAAAAUAAAUUGUAAAUUCUAUUUAAAAAAAUUAAGCUCUAUAGGCUAAUUGUUCAGCUUUAUUUUGUAUUUAUUUUUUUUAAACUCAUUUUAUUUCAUCGCAAUGCUUAAAUAAAAGAGUGGGGGCUGUAUAUCGGCAGUGUUCAUUUUUUGAAAGUUGCGACCACAAUUUAUGUUUGUAUUCUCAACUCAACGCUCUGUUUUCUUUUCCCUUUGCUGUGAGGUCAUUAACCUUCUUUAACGUAGUUUUCUGAUCCUCUGUCUCAACCCACCACACACCCUCCACCUCUAUUAUGUACUGCCCAUUAUGCAUUCACUGAAAUAUGAGCGAUAGCUAAAGUGCAAAUUUUAAUCACACCCUGUGCUUAUUUAAACUUAUUACAUACUUAAGUUUUCUAUCGGCCUUCCAGCACAGCUCAGAUGAAUGCUGUCUUUAUGUUGGAGUAGCGUGUUUGAGUGGAGGUUAUGAAAUAAGUUAUUUUGAUAUUCUUUGUUUUAUUGGCAUAGAAUGUUUUUUUAAGUCUUUUUUUUUUUUUUAAAGAUGGGUACAGGGAUAAAAAAAAAUUGGCAAAUAUUUCAUCUUUUGACAUUCCCUCCACAGACGGACCAUGACCCCCGAAAUCCAGCUUAUAUAUGUACUCAAGGACCACUCCCUCACACAGUGGCUGACUUCUGGCAGGUAAGUGGUUCAUUAUGUCUUCUUCAACAAUUACAAUGUGUAAAAUAUCACGAGAGAAAUGCUUCAUUGUCAUAGCUAAAUGGGUGGUGAGAUUCAAAAGAUGGCACAGCUUGUUUGCUAACUCCCUCCCUUUCUCAUCUCUUUCAAAGAGCAAAAAUCUGACAACAUUUUAAUACAAUAACUAAAGGCCUUGAUAUUUAAGGGAUGAGUUUGAUUUAUUUCGUAAAUUGUAUAACCUGGAUUGAAAAACCACUGAGAUUGAAUUGUUUAAAAUGUUUUGUGCGAGACUGUCAGGUACUUUUAUAGAGGUACAUGUUUGUUAACUGAUUUCACAGUAGUAGUCAGACAAUUAAAUUAUUUUGAUGCCACCUUUUACAUUGCUUUAAGAUGCAACAUGAAUAAUAUUUUAAAAAACUGUUUAUUUUAAAUAUCUAUUUAACUUUUUUUUUCAAUUUACAUAUAAUUUUCUUUAUUUAAAGAUCAUUCCAGAUUUGAUUGACUUGAUUGUUGUUUUUAAAAAUAGCCCAUUGGUUUUGAAUAACAUACAAUUUAGCAUCCAUUAGACUAAUCAGGGUUUAAUUUUUAUAAACCACCAAGUUUUUAUACUCUGCAAACACAAUAUAUUCUGUUUACGUUACAUGUAUUUUAUUUUAAUAUCAAAUAAAAAGUUAAGACGUUAAUUAUUAGCCCAUUUGAGUCUUCAAAUAAGGCCCUUAUUGUGGUUUAAAAUCAUUUCUUUUUAAAAAUCAAAAUGGUCAUGUCAUUGUCAUGUUAAAAUAGAUAUUAGAAAUACAUAGGACUUUCUUGUAUGACAGCUUUAUCUUAUAUCUAAACUGCUUAGAUGAUCUGGGAGCAGGGAUCUGUUGUUAUAGUGAUGCUGACCAAACUAGCUGAAAAUGGUACGAGCCUGUGUCAUCGCUACUGGCCUGAAGAAGGAAGUGACCUCUAUCAUAUCUAUGAGGUAAAUAAAAUGUAAUUCCUUUUAGUGUAUUGUAUUUAUGUUAAAAAGUUUAAAAAUUAACCUUUUGGAUCAUUUUAGUAGUGAACCGCCAGGAAGCCUAUUGGGUGGGCGAACAAUGAAGCGGUCCCCUAUUUGCACCAUUUUCUUUAUGUAGCUAGUCUAGUGAUGAAAUGCAAAAUAUAGAAACACUUUAAGAGUUGUUACUUUAAUACAGUGUUUCAGAACCUUUUUUGUGCCGUGCCCCACCUAAUAAACCAGCUUUUCUAAAAUUUGUAUGCCCCCUAUGUAAUAAGUACAUAAUUUUUAAUAAUUAAAAUUUGAUUAAAAAUUGAAAUAAUCACUGAAUGAGAUCUAAAUGAUGGGUUUUAGGAAGAAGGAAAAAGACUUUAGAAAUGAAUAGGUUUUACAAAGAAAUUUUUAAGAAAACAUAGUAAGUGAAUUUUCAAAAAAUUGAAUGGAGAACUGAAAUUCAAGUACUCGGUACAAAAUGAAAGAUUUUUCUAAAACAUUUUAAUAAUUUAUUAUUUCAUUUAGUAUUCAUUAUUUCAUAAUUUUAAAAGACAAUGAGAGAUCACAAAUAUAGUGCGAAAUGACUAAUUUAAUGAGAAACACGCACUUGAUGUUUGCUGCACAAUGAUUUUAUGUCAGGCUCCAAUUAGAUAACCUCAGUGUCAAGUCUCCCUUCUGUGUUACAUCCAACCAAUUUCUUUUUCUUUUUUUAGCAGCAAAUAACUUAUGGCACUAAAUUCACAUUAAGCUAAAUAUGGAGAUGGAAAUGGUAACAAAUGCUGUCUUCCACAUUAGGUUGAAUUAGGAUAUUGAUUUCUGUUUCCUCACAAAGCCAUGCCGUCGCUGCUUUUAUAGUAAAUAAAGUUUUAACAAACUCAUCCAAAACAGUUCUGCGAGAUAUUUUUGAUAUUGCAUAUUUGAAAAUCAGACCAAAUCCAUUAACAUUGGCUUCAUCAUCCAAGUUUGAAAAUGAAUUUUUUUUAAAUUACAAAAUCUUUCUUCUAAAUCAGAUGACACAAUUUUUAGUUGAUCAACAAUAACAAGUAUAGCAGUAUCAAUCACUUCAAAUUUUUUGAGCCAAUGAAACUUUCCAAAAUUUUUCUUACAAACAUAUUUCUGACUUAAUUCAGUAAAUAUAAUGAAAUGAAACCAAUAUCUUUGCUUUUGCAUCAACAGGGUUUUUAUUUUCUCCCUGAAGUUGGUAAUUUAAUUUAUUAAGUUUUUCAAGAUAAGAUAUCAGCUAAAUAACUCACAAAUGCUUUACCAUUAACUGUUAAAAGGUACUUAAUUUCAGGUUUCUCACUGAAAAAGUCACCUAAAGGAUCUAAUAGUUCCUUAAUCUUUUCAAGCAUUUCCCUUUCUAUUGCCUCCUUACUUCAGUGUGAAGUAAAAAGUCUCUCAUGGUCUGCAUUUUGUUCUUCACAAAAUAGCUUGAUGAGACGCUUACAGUUGGCAUUAGCUUUAAUGGCAUUGAUACACUUAAGACCUGAAUUUAGUUUUUCAUGAAGAACAGAGUACCAAUUUUCCCUAUAAAAUAACAUUGUACACAAGAAGCAUUUCUGGAGUCUUAUCCUUCAUUUUAAGCAGCCAUUUUUCUUGCCCAUUAAACGCUUCUGGCUUCAAUAGAAUAUCAUGAAAAUUUUAAAUUAAUUUUAAUAUAUUUAACAUAAUUCCUUUUGCCAUAUUCUAAACUCCAUCAUAUUUAUGCUCUUAAGAGUUAAAGUAGAUUUAGAAAAUUGAGAUCAAAUUUUUUCAGACAUUCUUUAUAAAAGCAUUAGCUAAAAUUUAAUCUGAACUCUCUUUGGUAAAGAGUUGUGUCCCUUUUUGAGAUUUCAUUAUUAAUCUUCUAGCUUUCUUAAUUAGCUAAUGCUAGUUACUAAUAAAUUAGCAUUUAUUAGUUACUGACAGAGAUUGAAAUUUGCUCUCACAAAGGUCCACCUGGUGUCAGAACAUAUCUGGUGUGAUGAUUACCUGGUACGCAGCUUCUACCUGAAGAAUCUUCAAACCAAUGAGACCCGAACUGUAACCCAGUUUCAUUUUCUGACCUGGCCGGAGUUGUCUGUCCCUGCUUCCAUCAAGGCUCUUCUUGAUUUCAGACGGUUUGUAUCUUUCUGUGAUAAUUUCUAUUAAUGAUUUUAUGUGUGCUCCCUCAUGAAUCCAAUAUUUGGAACAUCUUUUUUUUAAUUUGAGUAUAUCAUUGUAGGUUAUGUCUUUCUAAGAUUAUAAUUACAUCCUUGGUUUGUUAUUGUCAUUUCCAUCCUCUUUUAAAUGAAAAUCAUAUGCACCCAUUACAAAAUUUGUAAACAUUUAUUUUUAUCAAAUUAUGAGCACUCCUUAUUCCAUAUCACAGUGGGAUGUUACAUUUCUUAGAGACAACAUUUCAAGUGUAAUUAGCAUUCUGUUCUUUAGAUAAAAUGUUUGUGAAUUUGUUUAAUUUUUAAUAUUAUCCUUUUUCUUUACACUUGAGUGCCAAUAGCUGUAUGUAUUUAUUAAUUACUUUGUUAUCUUCAUCUGGAUUUCUUCAAUUUUAAAUAAUAUUUUUAUUGUUUUGUAUUGUCUGCUAAAGGAGGCAUUUAUAACAUGUUCUUUCCGUUUUUCAAGCCUAAACAUAUUUUGUUACAUUAUCUAUUUACUUCACAUGGCUUGAACACACAGCCCCCCAUAUAUUAUACUUUAAGAAAAUAGAAUCAGUAGUCUUCUCUGUUUAACAAUUCUAUCCUUUCAUAGUUAUGCUCCGAGUAAAAUAUGUAGCCAACAUAAUGUAUGUAACUGUUCCCUAGCUUAUUCAGAUAAUUAUAUUUUUAAGUCCUACCAAUCAUUUAAAUAGUAGUCCAGUUGUUUUCUAAUAGGAAAAGAAACAAGUUUAUCCUGCAAUAACUGUUCAGUUAAUAUUCUAAGUCUAAUCAGGUUGUUGGGGAAAAUAGACAACCCCAUUCAAUUCUGAGUAGUUGGAUAUUAUGGAUUCAUCUGGUCUAGGCAGCAUCAGCAUUAAUUCUAUAGGCAGAUAAUAAUCAACUUCGUAUUGAUUAUUUUCAUUUGGCACAGCUUUCCAUUCUGAUCAUGCUUUCGCUGCCUUUUACAAACACUGCACAGGUGUAGUUAGACCUGCUGUGAUCAUUUCAAAAUAAUUUUUUUUUAAACUUUUUUUUUAAUGCUACGCUUUUUUUUUUUGUAAAGUUUCUGGUAAUACUUAGUGCAAUGAAAAAAUAAGUUAUAUUUUGGAGUAUGUAUUAAAUUAUGUGUUCAAGUUAUAAUCAACCUAAAAUUGGCUAGACUGGCCUAAUGCAGAAGCAUAUGUGUAUUUUAUAGUACAUUCUUAAGCCUAACUGGCUUAUCUAUGUUUACAAACUUAUAUGUUUAUUAGACUUAUUUUUUAAAAAUAACUUGCUCUAGUUGUAAAGUAUUUCUUGCUUAUUCUAAAACAUUUACUACUGAUAGUAUUAAAAAUUUGGAAUACUUUUUAAGGCAACUAAUCUUUAACUUGGACUAACAACAUAUUUACAGUUUUCAUAAUGAUAAAUUCACUUUUUUCGAAACCACUAAUUAUAUUUAUCUGAAACAACAUAAUGAUUUUUAAAAUACCAAGAAAAAACUAUCUGUAAAUACAAGACUGGACUAAUUGAUUAAAUAUGUUUUCUGAUUUAUUAACGUUUUUCACUUUCUUAAUAUCACAAAUUAAUAUUCAUAUUUUUUAAUGGUUCUAUAAAACGUUACAAUUUGUAUUUUGAUAUGUCUGGUUUUUUUCUUUAAGCUUUUUAACUAAUUCUUUUCUAUAAUUUACAAACGUCCAUAAUUCAAAUUCAUGUUAAGCUUCUAAAAAUAAAAAUUCCCUUAUUAGUAUCUGGGGAAUUAUGUUCACUAAUUUAUAUAAAAACUAAAAAAAGGCAUAGUUGUUGUGUUUAACUUUUUGUUGAAUUAGCUGAGAAUCAAGACUUCAAAUGGAGAAUAAUUCUGUGCGCACAAUCAGUAAUAAAUGCAUCUAGUAAACUUCUUUAGAUGUGCUUUUCAAAAAUUUGUGUAUGAUUAACUUGACAUUGGCAUUGAUUGAUCCAGAAUUUUGUUAUAGAAAUUCAAGUUGAUGUAUUGUGGAUGGUCAACGUAAUAAAUGCAUGAUGUGAUUAUAUAUCUCCAUGGCUACAACAUAACACGAAUAAUUAUAUCCACCCAUACCAUUACUUAACCUGGCCAUUUCCUGUAUGCUUAUUAAUCAUACCUAUUUCAUACUGGCAACUAACUGCUGCUUUACCUGGCAGCUUUUGUGAUUUAGCAAUUGUACGGUGGGCAAAUUGCAUAGUCACAAAAGUGAUCAGGACUGCAUGCUUCCUCUACUAAUAACAGCUUGCUGGUGAUGGGACUGGUGCCUCAAAUACUUCUAGUUGCUUAUCUUCAAUCAUUUAACACACUUUUCCAUUUUUAUAAACAUCCCUGCUUUCAUUUCCUUUUCAAAUAUAUGACCCCCCUCAAUACUAUUUAACUGCUACCAUGUUAUUUUCAAAACUUCGGAUGCAUAAAAUUAGAAUAGAUGCAAUGCAUUAAGUAUUUAGAUAAUUUAUAUUUGAAAUCCUGAUUUUUAGUGGCAUUUCUAAUUAGAAUAUUUCUAGUCACCAGUGAAUUGUGACAUUUUAUUCAGAAUUAAUGUUAAUCCUUUAAAAAAUAAAUUUCCUGAAUUUUCUUUUUCUAGCAUUUUAUCUGGAUGCAUUUUGACCCACUCUCUUCUAUACCAAUGACUUUCUUACCUUAACAAAUUUUUUUCUACUUUCUCAUCUCUUCUGCCAUAAAUAGUGGGCUCAGUAAAACAGAAUAAAAUUAAAUGAUGUCCAAUUUGUACCUGUAGAAGAGCUGAUCAUGAAGUUUGUCUAGGGAAAAAAUUCCAUCAAGGGUUCCCUGGCUUCUAAUUUAACAACAUUAUUACUGCCACUGCUGUGAGGCUUCCCUUGCUACAAUCAUAUUCUCCACCCCCCUCCCCCUCAUUAGACACAUCAUUAGAAUGCUUCCCUAUGCCUUCCUAUAAUUGAGCAAUUACUUUCAAAAUGAUGAAAAUUUCCUUCCUGUGACUAGGGGGUCUCAUGUUUUUAUUCCACGUUUUUGAAGGCUUCACUGUCACAAUUCUGUUGUUGAAUCCUUGGAAAGUAUCGGAAUUUAAUUUACAAUAAAAUGUGUUGCUCUAUGUUUGUUUGUACAGCCCAUUAUGUCAGCAAAUUGACCUGAAUUGUCUUGUUAUCUCACAUGUCAUCAACAAGUGAUGGUUCAAUUUAUCUUUAACAGUAAUUGCUUCAUUUUAUACACAUUUUUGUUUGUCCAGUCACAUCAGAUAAGUUUAUUAUUUUGUUAAUGUGUAUUGUGUCUGUUUAUUCUGUCACCUGGGAAUUAUAAAUAACAUUUGUAUUUCAGAGAAUCCCCACUUGUCAAGUAAUGAUUAUUUAUUUGGUUUUCAUACAAUAUUUUAAUAUAUUUUGAAAAUUGUCUUAUGGAAAUAACGUAUAAUAUUGUUCUGCAUACUGGUAGUAAUGUAUUAUAACUCUAUAAUGCCACUUCUUAAAUUCAUAAAUGAAAACAGAAUUUUUAUUAAAAGGGAAAGACAUUGAUUAAUUUGCUUCUCUUGCAGUAAAGUGAACAAGUCAUUCCGCGGACGUUCUUGCCCCAUUGUUGUGCACUGCAGGUCAGUUUAUGUGUAUUUGUCAUAAAUAAAACAGCUCUUAAACAACGCUGGUUUAAUUCAAGCUAGUAUCUCAUGAGUAGUUCUUCAGGUACACUAAAAAAAAAAUUGACUGAUAAAUUAUACAGAAAGCAAAAUUAAUAUUCUGAGAACUCUUAAAUUUAAAUUAUGUAGUGCAAACAUAGAUUUACAAUCUGUAAUCAAAAAGCACAGCCAUAAAAUAAAUAUUGUGACAUUAAAAAUUUACUUUUUAUUUGGUGCACUUAGAAAUUACUUUUUUUUAAAGUUGAAAACCAUUAAUUACUGUUGUUGUAACCAUUUUGAUUUUAAGUUAUAAUUUCUUCUGUUUCAAUCAACUCCCCAGUGAUGGAUGUGGCCGCUCAGGCACUUACUGCCUCAUUGACAUGGUACUCAAUAAAAUGGCCAAAGGUGAGUCAAAUAUUUAUAUUUUAUUGUCAAUUUAAAGUUUAUGUUUUAUGGUUACUCAGUGUUGCAAUAUUUCAUAAAGAUCUAAAAAAAUACAGUCAUUUUUUUUAAUUUUGGAAUAAUAAGCUUCUGGCUUGUCAACAAAAGUUAAAUUAUUUACCUACUAAAUUAUUUUAAUGAUUAUGUAGAGCAGUGGUUCUCAACCUUUCUAAUGCCACGACCCCCUUACUACAGUUCCCCAUGUUGUGGCGACCCCCGAACCACAAAAUUAUUUUCGUUGAUACUUUGUAACUGUCGAGUAGAUGUGUUUUCAGAUGGUCUUAGGCGACCCCUGUGAAAGGGUCAUGCGACCCCCAAAGGGGUCGCAACCCACAGGUUGAGAACCGCUGAUGUAGAGGAAAACUAAUUUAAAGAAACGUGAGAGUACUGUAUCUUGAUUAAGUUACUUUUCAUUUUUUUUCAUAGGAGCCAAAGAAAUUGACAUGGCUGCUACCCUUGAACACAUUCGUGAUCAGCGCAUGUCUAUGGUGAAAACUAAGGUAAGUUAAACUUAGCAAUCUAUAAAAUAUAACUCAUCUAACAACAACAUAUUUUUAAACUUAUUUUCUUUUCAAUAAAAAAGCGUUUCUUUGCUAUUUAGCACUAUGUACAAUAUUAUUGAUGUACUUUUUUUCUCACUUAGUUUAAUCUAAUUGAAAAAACCAAUAUUUUAUGCCUAAUGUCUAUAGCAACACUACUACUUAGUUUCUAGUAGUUGCAAUAUAGGCAUAUAUAAGGAUAUCAGACGUUAAAAAUAUAUUCCAAGUUUUACAUUUGUAGGCCUAUAUAUUAAUAUCCAUUAUUCAGAGAUGUGACCAAAGUGAAAACAACAAAAAAAUUGUAGUUUUCUUUAGUUUGCUAUGUAAUGUAGUGUUGUGGCUGCCUUAAAAAGCCAGCAUUGUCUAAAACAAAUAUACAUAUGAAUUCCUAAAAAAAACAGAAACGUAAAAAUAUUUAGUUAUUGAUUUUUUUUUUUACAUUUUAACUUUAUUUCACUUUCCUUGUUAAAGGAGCAAUUCCAGUUCUCCCUGGCUGCAGUAGCUGAAGAAGUACAUGCUAUUUUGAAAGCACUCCCUCAGUAGAAUGGAAAAAAUCCCCCAGCAAGCUCUUACAAGACAUCCACAAAUUUCCAAGAAAACUCAAUGAUUGGCCAAGCCCAUAAUCUGUAACCAAAAUGAAAACAUAUUUUUGUGGAGCGACCUUGUCAAGCUGAUAGAUGGACUGUGUAACAUUUUGUCACGUGACUCCGCAUCAGCCACCUGUACUGUUCAUUCCUCAUAGAUCAGUCUGACAAUGAAGAAGAUGUUUUUGUGGUUCUUAUUUUGGAAGUGAUUAGACCUUCCCUGGUUUUAUUUUUUUCUCAAGUCAUAUUUGUGAUCUUUACCUACUUAUAGUUUUGUUCUCCGUCUUAUGAAAUGUGCAGUGUGAAGAAUGGAAUGGUGUCCCUUUAGCUACUAUAGGCCUAAUUCUUGUUUAACUAUUAGCUCAGUAUUUACCUAAAGACUUAAUUACAGCUGGGUUAGCUUUGUCAUUUAAAACCACAGAGCAUUAUAUUGUUUAAUUAGAUUAAAAACUUGAUUUUAAAAAAUAUUAAUUUUUUUCUUUCAAAUUCCUUUUUUUUUAAAUUACAUUUGGUUCUUUUUAUAAAUGGGUAAUGCAUUCCAAAGUUUUGAUUUAGCUUUCAUUUAGGGUUAUCAAAAUGUUUAUAAUUCAGAUCUUAACUUAACUGUUGCUUGAUUUAGGUGCAGCGUUAAACGAAUAUUGAGUUGUUUUUACUAUAUUGAUCAAAUUAAAUAAAGAUAUUUUCUGAUAAAUUUUAAUAAUAUAUUUCUGACCAUCAAAGUUUAUAAGUCACACAGUAAAAGAAAAUGAUAACUACCUAUUCAUUAGAAACAUACAUUAUGAAUAAAUAUAUUCAUUUUGAUUGAAUUUUAAAAACUUUGGUUUAUGUACUUAAUUUCUUAGUUUGAUUUUAAUGAACAAAUUGAAUUUAUAUUAUAAUUUCAAACUUGCAUUUUAAAGAGGGCCUAUUUAAUUGUUAAAAUAACUUCAUUAUCUGCUCCAAAAAGGAUCUUAAUUUUUUUCUGAAGUAAGCCCCAUGAUAAUUUAACCUAUUGUAGACAACUUCAAAUGAAAAAAAUUAAUCAUUUUCACACAGAUGGUGUUGAAAUGUUGUUUAUGUAUAAUACCAGGUAUUCAAUUACACUCUUUAUCACAAAUACUUCAGUAAUCAGAGGUAUGGGACACCCGUAAAUUACAAAGUAAAAAUUCUAACAAAACUUGAGACUUUUAAUAAAUGUUUAUGGGUUACUUAAUUAUUUGAUAGGUAAAUAAAAUAGAACAUAUUAAGUUGUUUUUUUAAAGAGUAUUGGCUACUUUAGGUGAUAUUUUUAAAUGGUAGAAGCAUGGGCCAGUUUUAAUUGUCCAAUGUAUGCCCAGUUGUUGAUGUUGUUUUGUUAUUUAUUUAUUUUUUCAUUUAUAAACCAUUGUUAACAGUUCAAGUACAUCUUUACAAUUUGUAACAAAAUCCGAAAGUAUAAUUUCACAUUGUGCACAUAAUUUAUUGAUGGUUCGAAAAUUGAACUUGAAUGUGAAGAUUUAAUUUUAAUUUUUAUUUUGUUUAGUGCCAUACCCGGUAUAUAGUUUUACACAACAUUUUGUUUUAAAUUAUGACAUUGAUAGUGUGACAAAAAGUUGUUAAAAAGAUGAACAUUAUAGGGGAAGAAUCUAUUUCCAAAUAUAAUUGGCAAAAUUAGCAGAGUAAGUUAGGAAAUGUUAUUAGUAUUCAAACAUGUUAUAUAAUUUAGUGCUGACAUUAAAAGAAACCAAUCUGUUUACCGAACCCAUUUUAUGAACCUUAUAAUUACUAGUCAUUGUGAAUGUGGUUUUGAGGGAAAGAGAAAAAGUAGAAGUCUUAAUGAUCUCUUUUAAUUGCUUGGAGAUUUUUUUAUGACAAGAAGUUUGAAGAAGCCUCCUGAAUUUGAACAGCUGAUAGUUUGACUGAAGUAAUAAUAUCUUAGAACAUUUUCUUCCCUAAGUGUUAUAAACAGUAAAUACCCAAACUGGAUUUUUGUUUUCCUAUGUGCAUUGUGAUUUAUCUGUGAUCCCCACCAUUAUUUUUGUUCUUCUUCAAUCAUGUGAUAAUAUAAUCUCUGUCAAAAGAAAACUGAAAUAAAGCAGUAAAAAAAAAUAUUUUUCUUUAAAAAGUUUAUUCUUCAUUUCAUGAAGACAUACUUGUCUGGAGUUUUUUUAUUUUUAAAAACCUGCAUUAGAAGUUUACAAUGCUUGAUUAAAAGUAAAACAAUCCAAAAAAUAAAAGGAUAAUAAAGGAACAAUAAAAUAAGAGUUUUAAGUAAAGUUUAAUAACUCUGAACACAUACCUCUGUUACUAAUUCAUAUUCAUAUUUUAAAAAAUUCUAUUAUGAUUCAAAAAUUGCCAAACCCAUGUCAUAAGUUAGUGUUGUUUUGACUUGUAUCACUAUGACUGUAGUAGUCAGAAGUCAAUCUUCAUGAUCAUGAACACUGUCUGAAGUGAAAUAAAAGCCUAUCUGCAACUCAAACAA